AUGGCGAUGAAUUUGGACUUGUCGAACGCGGCGGUGAUGAAAGAUGAACAGGGACGGCCUUUCAUUGUAGUCAGAGAUCAGGGCAAGAAGAAGCGCCAGUAUGGCAACGAAGCCGUCAAGUCCCACAUCCUCGCUGCCCGCACCGUUGCGAACAUCGUCAAGACCUCGUUAGGCCCCCGUGGUCUCGACAAGAUCCUCAUCUCCCCCGACGGCGAUAUCACAGUAACGAACGAUGGCGCGACCAUCCUGCAGCAGAUGGAGAUUACAAACCACGUAGCCAAGCUGCUUGUGGAGCUUUCCAAGUCCCAGGACGACGAAAUCGGUGACGGCACCACUGGUGUUGUCGUCCUCGCCGGUGCUCUCCUCGAACAGGCCGCCGAGCUCAUCGACAAGGGUAUCCACCCCAUCCGCAUCGCCGAUGGUUACGAUCAGGCCUGCGACAUUGCCGUAGCGGAACUCGACAGAAUUUCCGAUGUUAUUGAGUUUGACAAGGAGAACACAGAGAACCUGACCAAGGUUGCGAGAACAAGUUUGGGCAGCAAGAUUGUUUCCAAGGCUCACGAUCAGUUUGCCAAGAUCGCCGUAGAUGCGGUCUUGUCUGUGGCGGAUCUGGAACGGAAGGAUGUCGACUUUGAGCUGAUCAAGAUGGACGGCAAGGUCGGCGGCUCUCUUGAGGACACACUCCUCGUCAAGGGUGUUAUUGUCGACAAGGACUUCUCACACCCACAGAUGCCCUCCGAGGUCCGGGACGCCAAGAUCGCCAUUCUGACGUGCGCGUUCGAGCCCCCCAAGCCCAAGACCAAGCACAAGUUGGAGAUCAGCAGCGUCGAGGAGUUCAAGAAGCUGCAAAGCUACGAGCGCGAGAAGUUCGUCGAGAUGAUUCAACAAAUAAAGGAUGCCGGUGCCAAUCUGGCCAUUUGCCAGUGGGGUUUCGACGACGAGGCCAACCAUCUCCUCCUCCAGAACGAGCUCCCCGCCGUAAGAUGGGUUGGUGGCCCAGAGAUUGAGCUGAUUGCCAUUGCGACAAACGGCCGUAUUGUUCCCAGAUUCGAGGACCUUAAGCCAGAGAAGCUUGGCACCGCUGGUAUCGUCAGAGAAAUGACCUUUGGCACUACAAGGGAAAAGAUGCUUGUUAUCGAGGAGUGUGCCAACACUCGUGCGGUAACAGUCUUUGUUAGGGGCAGCAACAAGAUGAUUAUCGAUGAGGCCAAGCGCUCCCUCCACGAUGCCCUUUGCGUCGUAAGGAACCUUGUCCGUGACAACCGCGUUGUCUAUGGUGGUGGUUCCGCCGAAAUUGCAUGCUCUCUGGCCGUUGAGGACGAGGCUGUCAAGACCCCCGGUCUCGAGCAAUACGCCAUGCGCGCCUUCGCCGAGGCUCUUGAUGCCAUCCCCAUGGCCCUUGCCGAGAACAGCGGUCUCAACCCUAUUGCCACUCUUGCCGAGGUCAAGUCUCAACAGGUCAAGGACCCAUCUGGCCGUGGCCGUCUGGGUGUGGACUGCAUGGGCCGCGGGUCCAACAACAUGAAGGAGGCGUUUGUUAUUGACCCAUUGAUUGGAAAGAAGCAGCAGCUCAUGUUGGCGACACAGCUGUGCCGCAUGGUGCUCAAGGUGAACAAUGUUAUCAUCUCGGGCUCAGGGGAGGAUGACUUUUAA